CCUCUUCCUCCUCCUCCUCCUCUAGCUGAGCAGUAUGCCUCCUGACGCCUGCAGCGACAUCAGUUUCUCCAAAAAGGGUCAGCUGAUCAUGAGCGCCGUUAAUUCACCCAGCAGCUCGGCCCUGCCCACCCUGUCCCCCUCCUCCUCCAUCCUGACCAAUGGCUCGUCUCUGCUCAUCCAUCAGACCCCACCCUCGGGUGACCUCCUGCAGAAAUGGAUCCACGCCGCUGCCAAGGGUCGUCACACGGAGUGGGUCAGUGUGACUCGGCCUGUCUCUGGAGGUCUGGGCUUCAGCGUGGUCGGUCUGAAUCCAGCAGGAAGCAGCAGUCAGGGAGUGUUUGUCAAACAGAUCCAGCCCGGAGGCAUCGCACACAGGGACGGGCGUCUGCAGGAGAGGGAUCAGAUUCUGGUGAUCAACGGGAGUCCUCUGGAGGCCGGGAUCAGCCAGCAGACGGCCCUGAACCUCCUGCAGCAGCCAGGGGAGAGCGUGGAGCUGGUGGUGGCCCGGGACCGCCCACUCAGCGCAUCAUCAUCAUCAUCACCUGCAGCCGCCAUCAGCACGGAUCAGUGGGGUCACCUGGAGGAGAUCGAGCUCGUGAACGAUGGAUCCGGUUUAGGCUUCGGCAUCGUGGGAGGGAAGACGAGCGGGGUGGUGGUCAGGACGCUCCUACCAAACAGCGUGGCUGACAAGGACGGGCGUCUCCGCACAGGCGACCACAUCCUUCGCAUCGGGGCGACGCCCACCAGCGGCCUCACCAGCGACCAGGUGGUCACAGUGCUGCAGGGCUGCGGCAGUCACGUAACCAUGCUGAUCGCCAGGGAUCCCAGGGGUUCGAGGUCAUCGGCCCCGCCUCCCCCGCCGCCUCCAGACUCCGCCCCCGUCUCCUCCUUACCCCCCCGACUACCGGAGCUGCCCCCCCAACGCCGGCUCAGCAAGACGCCGAACCUGGAGGGGUACGAGAUCCACGAGGUCUCUCUCACCAAGAAGGACGGGCAGAGCCUCGGCAUCUCAAUCGUCGGAUACAACCCGCUGACCAGCCAAGGUAGGAGAGGAAAUCAUCACAGACACUUCAACACUUUAAGGAACAGACACAGCAGGACAAAACAGAUAAAUCACUAAAGUCUGUUCUCCUCCAGCUGGAAAAAAUAUCAGCCGUUCAAUCAUUACAACUUUUUUAUAUUG